AGUGUAAUCCUGGAUGUACUUAUAGACUGGGGUACAAGAAGCUUGAGUGCAGCCCUGCAGAAAGGGAUCUGGGGGUUUUGGUUGAUGGUAAGCUCAAUAUGAGUCAACAAUUUGCCCUGGUGGCCAAAAUAGCUAACUCUUAUCAUGGGGUGUAUUAAGCACAGUAUAGCUAACCUGUUGAAAGUGAUUGUCCCACUAUACUCAGCAUUGGUGCAGCCUCAUGUCAAGUACUGUGUGCAGUUUGGGGCUUCGCAAUGUAAGAAGGAUAUAAAAAUUAAUGUGUCCAAAUUAAACUAAUGCUGAAAUGCUAAAAAGGCUGAAAUUCAUGGCUGGCCAGAACUCAGUAUGGAGUAUAUGUGGCAGAGAUAUUCUUGCUGCAUUUGACCUUUCCCCUUUCAGGCAGAUCUGUGACCUGGGAGGUGGUGGAGUGCUGCUGGUUGAAUCGCUUCUGAAUGAAGAUAAAAGUGGGCCUUUAGAAACCCAACUGUAUUUGAUGAAUAUGUUGGUCCAGACAGAAGGAAAAGAGCGAACAGCAGCAGAGUACGGCAAGCUCCUCGAGGCAGCUGGCUUCAGAGAGGUUCAAGUCAAGAAGACUGGAAAACUCUAUGAUGCUGUUUUAGGAAAAAAAGAAUUCUCUCUUCUUUCUUCUGCCCUCUUGUGUACAUAAGUGGGGAAAUGAGACAAGCUAUCAACUUAGCUUUUAGUUAAGGCAGCCAACAUUUUUUGUAAGCUGAUGCAUUGUCAGGAGAAUCACUGAUUGUUGAGCACAUAUGGAUUGUAUGUCUGAGUAUGGGAAAAUAAAUUAACACCUGCUCCACAAGAAAUUACCCAUGAAAGAAAAGUGCCAAAGAGAGCUUAUACUUACUGAUCUGCUCACAGUUUCUGCUUCAGGUUUUUUCCCCAUUCUUUCCAAGUUUAACAAGGUACCUGACAAAGACAAAUUUUAAUUAGUACUCCCUUUGCUUCCUGCAAAAUAAAACUGUUCACUACAGUGAGCUCCAUUUUUCUCAUGUUCCCUGGGGACUGAUGCAGCACAGAGUAAAUUCUAACUCCUCAUGACUGGUCAUUUCUGAAUCUGUAAUUCUGUCCUAAAGGGUAGAAAUGACGGGGCAGGCAUUGAUAGUUGAGGUGGGAAAUUAAAAAAAAAAACUGGCAAAUGAAAUAUUUCUCCUUCCUUUGCUACAGUCUUGACACACAUUGGUGCAGGGUAUAGAGCAGUAUUCACAAAAGGCCUGGACACUUACAGGGUCAGCAGUAUGAUUUGUUAUUAGAGGAAUAAACAUACUCCUUCAUAUCUGCCUUAGGAUUUAAGUACUGGAUUUCUGGAUGUGAAUAGCCUACUAAUAUAAGAUUUCAGGGGGAAACUUGCCCCUGAAGACAGUUUUUCUCUAACCAGGAAUUGGACAGAGGCGCAAGGUGGCCUUUGCUGUGGAUCAUCUCAUCUGUGGAAAAUGUUCUUCAUGGAAAGAGUCUCAUUGAUGAGGAAAUGGACUUGGAGGAACACAAGCCCAGAUUGUCUUUUGUUGUGAUAAUUUGGGGAGAUGGCAACUUUGGUGGUAAGUGAUCAAUUCAAGGGUAGGGCAGUGUCCAGGGACAGGUCCAUGGAGAAGCCAAGACACCAGAAAGGUCCAGGGGAAGCUGGUAUGAAAAAUGAUGCUGCAUUUCCUUUAGAAUACAGAUUAACUUGUGAAAAAGAGAACUUCACAGCCUACCCUGAUGACCAUUGGGAGGACAGUGAUGCCUCUGCACUGGUAACACUUUUGAGAGCCCAGGGAAUAGCAGCUGUGAGGCAGAGGGAAGUAGUGGAGGAUCUAAUUAUCCAUCAGGGAUCUCUCUGCCACUUGCCAUCUGCUAUUUCUUUAAAUCAUUUGAUGAAGUACAGCUUGCGGUAGGCCAGAUGCCUGGUACAGGAAGGAUUUGGAGGAGGUGGUGGGAAGUGAGUAUCCGUGCAUGUGGCUUGAAUGCUAGUUGAGGCUGCAGCAACUGCUGUAGUUUCUUAGCAGAGUAUAAGAAUUGUACAACUAGUAUAAGAAAUAGGGAUUUUUUCCUUAUCGAGGCCUGGUCUCCAAGUCCCAGAAGAAGAAACUACUUUAAUUUUGACAUGCCACACUUCUCAGUGUGCGACACUGCAAUGUUAACAUUCAUCAGGCUUUCCUUUAGCUCGAGAAUUGUGUGUUUCGACAUAUUGUCUCAGUUAAAGCUGUAGCUUCAUUUGAAUAAAGUUAUUGUGUGCCAGUGCCUAGCUUUAACAUUUUAGUGCAGCUGUGAACCCUUGUGACUGCACAGGGAAAGCUGGAAGGAUUAGGCCUCCAAGAGACAAAUAGACCCGUCUCUUCUGAAUUGCUGCAAAGUGCAGAGACAGUUGAAUGGCACUAUCCAGAUACAGACUAUGUAGACUAUUCUCCAAGCUAUCUCUCAGAAGUGUUGGCCACCUUUCAGCUCAGGGUCUUUGGAUGGAAUAAGACUCAAUACACAGCAUGCAGAUGCUCUUAUUUCAGCCAUCACUUAAGUCUGGUUGAAUAGGGCAUUAUCUGAUACUGUAUUUAGAAUGUUAUGCCUAUAUGCAGCUGCAAAUAAGGUAUAGAUACCAGAAACUGGGUCUUGCAACAUUUCUGCAGUGCACAUUUUGGGAUGGUCAAGGAGAAAUCCGAGUCCUCCGGAAGGUAGUAUGAUAACAGCAGUCUGUCAAUUUUGUGUGACUAUGUAGAGACAGGUAUUAGAAUGGCUGUCUCUGUCUAACUGCAUAUAUAUUCAUCUGCAUCUAUCUGUAAGAGAUAUUGCCUCAUGAGUUUUAAAUUGACACAUUUUCCUGAUUGUGAAGGAAAGUCCUUCCUUCAUUUUUUUCCAGGAUCUAGCUGAGAAAUAUCACACUUCGUAGUUCUGGACACAAUGUAAUGUACGUAUUUAAAACAGGGUAUGAAGUAAAGUAUGCUUGGUUGUGGUGGGUUAACCCUGGCCAGCAAUCAGGCAACCAGCCGCUGCACGCUCACUCCCUGCCCCCAGCAGGGUGGGAGAGAGAAUUAAAUGAGCGAAGGCAAGAAAGAGCUUGCGGAUAAUGAUGAAGACAGUUUAACAAGUGAAAGACAGAGGUGGGAAAAAAAACCAAAACGAGUGGUGCAAAGGCAAUCACUCACCACCUCCCACCAGCAGACUGAUGCCCAGCAAUUCUCUGAGCAGCAGCUGCCUUGGAAAGACUACCCCCAGUUUUUACUACUGAGCACGAAGUUUCAUGGUAUGGGAUAUCCCUCUGGUCAGUUUGGGUCAGCAGUAAUUGCUGUGUCCUCUCCCGGCCUCUUGCUGACUCCCAGCCUACUCUGUGCGAGGGCAGAGUGAGAGACAGAGAAGGCCUUGAUGCUGUGCAAGCACUACUCAGCAACAGCUGAAACAUCCCUGUGUUAUCAACACUGUUUUGGUCACAAAUCUAAAACACAGCACUGUAUGUGCCGCUGUGAAGAAAGUUAACUCCAUCCCAGCCAGACCAAGUACAAUGGUAAAGAGGAGAUGUAAGUUAGAUGCAUGUUUUAACUACAAAAUCGUCUGUCUUGAAUAAUGGUGUCUGACAUACUAGACACAUGACUAGUGCCAGAAGGGAAAAAGAAUACUGAAUUUUUUUGAACCUUACGUAGAGAAGACAAGGUACACUCCUGUCCUUGCAGGAAUCCCAACUAUCUUAUUAUACAUCCAAUGUUUCUCUCAUGCUUAAAGCAUCAUACUGUUCACUGCCUGAGUACUUAGCAAACCCAUAACUACAUAUACAGUUUCCCUUGCAAUUCUGCUGUUAUGUUUCUGCAUGUUUAAAAUGUAAGAAGAGUGCUAAAUAGGAUACAAACAUACUGUCAUCGAAUCAACUGGUGUUUGAAGUAAUGACACAGUGUUAGUCAUGUGAAGCAAAGGAA